AUGAACAGAGCCUGGGGUCAUGACCAGGGAACUGCUACUCUUAAAACACCCACCUCUCUGCUUCUUCAUCCUGAUGGUAGCUUUGAUUCAUUUGGAUACGAAGCGGAAGAAAAGUACGCCAACUUCCUUGAUGGUGAAGAUCGAGAUUAUCUUUACUUCAAACAUUUCAAAAUGGCACUACACAAGUCAGAGGUACAGUUCAUUCAUUUCUUUUCUUCCUUCCUUUUGCCACGCCUGGAGCGAAACUGCCAUAGACGGACUGUCUAUCACUAACUGUAACCUUGAAAUCAAUUCGAAACACCUAUAAAACUUAUUCACGAAAAAUAGUCAUAGGAGGAGGUAAAAGAUUAAAUUACUGCUGAUUGUCUCGACAAACACCGUAAAAGUAACAAGCACGGGAAUAUGCGGUUGUCGAAGAGGAGCCCGAGCGAUCAAAUCGGAGAGAAAGAAUUGAAUGCAAUAAAUGCACUGAAAACAAUGAACACUUCAUUGCAAAAUGAUCAUAACAAACCAAGGCAACAGUGUUCAUGAUUUCAUUUGAUCUGUAAUCUUUAGGUAACAUCUCCAUCUGAGUUUGAUCAGUAAAAACAGAGACUGAGGGUCUCUCAGGGUCCUAAAUACUAAGCUAGAUAGUGCGCAUCGUUUCGGGUUUUGUAUAAGUUCUCCACUGAAGUUAAUUCGCAUCAAAAGUAUCAGACAAAAUCUUUGUCAAAUUUAUCUUCUCCAAUUACAGACAUUAGACAGAAAUACAAAGCUGACGGCUCGAAAUGGAAAAAAAAUUGAUGCUUUGGUUGUUUUUGCCCACUCAUUGAGGUAUCUCAAAGAUCGAGCUAUCGAAAUUAUUCGCGAGAGAACUGGAGACGAAAAGUAUAAUGAAAAGGACAUUCGGUGGGUCAUGACAGUGCCUGCCAUUUGGAGACCCGCUGCUAAGCAAUUUAUGAGAGAAGCCGCUUGCAAGGUAAUUACAGAGAAGUUACAUAAGUUUGCUUUUCCCUCCCUACGAUGAGUGAAGAGGUGAAAAUGAAACAAGGAAAGGAAAAUACAGGACGAGCUAGAAUACAGGUCACUCUGAUGCUGUCAGUUACUAACAUGGUCACAAAUUCUACUAUUAUCACAAAUGUAGGAAGUUUUGUUUUUUUUUUUCUCCUUGGAAGUGUUCGUAAAAAGCGAGAAACUUAAGUUUGAGAUUAGUCAGUGUUGUCUUAACGAAACUUUUUUGUCCUCAAUUACUUCCUUUUUUUGCUUCUACUUUGGAAGGCGGAGAUGGUAUCGAAUAAUGCCCCUGAACAGCUGCUUAUUGCCUUGGAACCAGAAGCAGCCUCUAUACACUGCAGAGAAAUGAAGAUGAGAGAAUUCGCGACGUCUUUGCUCGACCUGGGUCAAAAUACCUUGUUAUUGAUAUCGGAGGUAUGAUUGAACUUUCAGAAAAAUGGGCCGUUUUGACGAUGUCAUACUACAAAAUAUCAAAACCUUCUCUUAUUUUUUAAAAACAGUAGUGUCUUCUUGAAAUCAUUUAAAAGCUUCCAUUUGUUUGUAAAGACACAGGGUUUUUUAGCAACGUGUGGCAAACUUGUAAUGGUAAUUGAACUGAGUGGAGUGGUGGGAUAUCGUCGUAACUCAUUUGAUACUGACCAAAGUGUAUUGGCUUAUAGCUUGUGGUGAUAACCUUCUUUCUCAAACCGAAUCAAAUGAAAACGACGCUGAAAUUUUAAAUACACUUGAAAAAUUCCUUGGUUAAAAACGGAUCAGUCUAUAGUCAAUAAUCUAAAAUGCUGAUGAAUUCGCAAGUAGGCAACAACAUUAAUGACACUAGGUCUUUAAAAUCAAAAAUAGAAAAAAAUUAAACGGCCACGGACAGCUGAUUUAGCUUUAGUGGGCUUCAUCAGCCCCAAGCAUUAUCAGCACAAAUAUACUAAAUGUGAUCGAUCGUUCUCGUAAUACGUUUUAUGUUGGACUCGUGCAAUAUGAAUGUAUGGGCUGAAGCUGUAAAUUAACUAGUGUUACAUUUGUUACUCUAAUAAAGGCGGAACUCUCGACGUCACAGCUCAUGAAAUCUUAA